AAACAGGGCAGUACGUGAUUGUCUUGGAUCAAGCACUUGACGCAUUUUUAAGCUCUCUAGUCACGUGUUUCUUCCUGCGUCCACUCUACUCUUUAUUCCCACUCUCCAGCCAUAUACACUGAGUGUUUGGAACUGCAAAUACUGAAUCAAUAGAGCGAGAAAGAAAUGUCUUUGACUCUGAGUCUCAGCAUCACAACACUGUCUUUCCCACAACUCCGACGGUGUACCUUUACAUCAUCACCCAUUCCUAGUUUCAAACUCAAUUCUUCACCACUUUCCUUCCCUCGUGCUGCUUCUUCGUCUUUGGUUACCACUUCCUUAACUCAAUUCACCGUCGGUGAAGAUUUGCCGCAAAACUACGGAGAAGAUUGGCUUCCCAAACCCGACCUUCAUCUCCGCAGAAGAGCCGGUAUUCUUCUCCAUCCCACUUCGUUUCAAAGCCCCUACGGUAUCGGCGAUCUCGGAAACGAAGCCUUUCGUUUCAUUGAUUGGCUCCACCAAACCGGUUGCUCCCUUUGGCAGGUUCUUCCUCUCGUGCCUCCUGAUGAAGGGGGAUCUCCUUACGCAGGCCAGGAUGCGAAUUGUGGCAACACUCUUUUGAUUUCUCUUGAAGAGCUUGUUGCGGAUGGACUGUUAGAAAAACACGAGCUUCCCAAACCAAUUGAUGCAGAGCGCGUGAAUUUUUCGGUUGUUGCUGAUCUUAAGGAUCCUUUGAUAACUAAAGCUGCAGAAAGGCUCGUUUCAAGCAAAGGGGAACUCAAAAAACAGCUUGAGAAUUUUCGUAGGGAUCCUAACAUAUCAAGCUGGCUUGAUGAUGCAGCUUAUUUUGCUGCUAUUGACGACAGUUUGAACACACUCAGCUGGUACGAUUGGCCCGAACCUUUAAAAAACCGCCAUCUUGUAGCUUUAGAAGAUAUUUAUGAACAAAAGCGAGAUUUUAUAAAUGUAUUUAUUGCCCAACAGUUCUUGUUCCAAAGGCAAUGGCAGAAAGUUCGCGACUAUGCACAGAGUAGGGGAGUCAAGAUAAUGGGAGACAUGCCCAUUUAUGUUGAUUAUCACAGUGCAGAUGUUUGGGCAAAUAAGAACCAGUUUGCACUGAACAGGAAAGGCUUUCCUCUUUUGGUGAGUGGUGUGCCUCCUGAUGCAUUCAGCGAAACUGGUCAGCUGUGGGGAAGCCCCCUGUAUGAUUGGAAAGCCAUGGAGAAAGAAGGAUACUCAUGGUGGAUACGCCGCAUACGACGUGCGCAGGAUAUAUAUGACGAAUUUAGGAUUGACCACUUUAGAGGAUUUGCUGGAUAUUGGGCUGUUCGCUCUGAAGCAAAAGUAGCUAUGGGUGGAAAGUGGAAGGUAGGACCUGGAACAUCUUUCUUUGAUGCCAUUUCCAGAGCUGUUGGAAGGAUUAAUAUCACAGCAGAAGACUUGGGAGUUAUCACUGAGGAUGUAGUGCAACUAAGAAAAUCCAUUGGAGCUCCUGGAAUGGCUGUCCUCCAGUUUGGGUUUGGAGGUGGUGCUGAUAACCCUCAUUUGCCUCAUAAUCACGAGUGCAAUCAAGUUGUCUAUACAGGGACUCAUGACAAUGACACAAUUCAGGGUUGGUGGGAAGCUUUAAACCAAAAAGAGAAAUCACAUGUAUUAAGUUAUGUUUCAUUAACCGGAGAAGAUGAUAUUUCAUGGGCACUAAUCCAGACAGCGUUGGCCUCUGUUGCUCAAACAGCAAUAAUACCUAUGCAAGAUGUUCUUGGACUUGGGAGUUCUGCCAGGAUGAAUAUUCCUGCAACUCGGUUUGGAAAUUGGGGAUGGAGGGUUCCAAGUUCUGUGAGCUUUGACAAGUUAGAUAGAGAGGCAACCAGACUUAAAGAGAUGCUUUCAAUGUAUGGCCGGCUUUGAAAUGUGAAAUCUCUUUUUGAGUGUAAAGAAGAGUUUGUUUGCCAACGGAAGCUUAAUUAGAAAAUGUUGAGCCUGCAGUUUUAAUUCCCAAGUUGCUGGAGCAAUAUCUUGAUCAAAGUUGCCGUGUGUUAUUCAAGAAAUGCAAGGAAGUUGGAUGCUUCUGUCAGUUCUAAUGAUAUUGCAAAUAUGUAAUGCAUGCUUGUAUUGGUAACCCGUGGUGAUCUGAGAAUUCACCUGAGCCAUUUUGAUAUAUGAAUAAGCAAUUCUGCCAUGCUCAUAAAAUUUGAAUUCAGAAUGAGUUUGUAAUGAUUUGUAUGAUGAGCUCAAAGAGGAUGCUUGGAUCAAUAUUCCCAAAUAAUUUUAUGAAUUCAAUCAUUAUUUUG